GCAUACUUUGUCAGCACUCAGCUGUCCUUUGGCAGGAAAACCAAGAAAGGAAAUGGCUGUGAAUUUGCUGGCUGCUCGAGGGACCGAGCCUGUGACAUUCAGGGAUGUGGCUGUGUUCUUCAGCCAGGAUGAGUGGUUGCGUCUGGACUCUGCACAGAGAAGCCUGUACCGGGAGGUGAUGCUGGAGAACUACAGCAACCUGGCCUCACUGGGGAUCCAGGCUUCAAUACCUCGGGUGAUUGGCAAACUGCAGAAAGGACAAGAUCCCUGCAUGGAAAGAGAAGACCUUGAAGACACCUGCUUAGAUUUCCAGAUUUGGCCAGGGGUAGAAGCAUUGCCUCCCAAACAAGACAUUUUUAUCGAAAAAACAUCUCAUGGGCUAAUAAAGCAUGAAUCUACUGAGGGUACUCACUGGAAAACCAACUUUGGAGAAGUUGUGAAAUCUGAGAGCCUAUUAGCACAGGAAGAAGAAAAGAAAGUUCAUGAGCAGGGGGCAGCUUCAUCCAAGGAAACUCUCAGUGAAGAUGGAAAUCCCAUAGACCCUGAGCUGGGGAAAUCAUUGUUUAUAAAUAAAGCACUUGUCUCACAAGACAGUGAUCCCCAAGAAAGGGUACCUAGUAUGUAUGACACUGUGGAGAAAGAUUUACCACAGGAUUUUGAUUUAAUGAGAAGCUUCCAGAUUUACAUGGGAAAAAAACCUUAUGUCUGCAAUGAAUGUGGGAAGGCUUUUAGCCAAAGUCUUCAUCUUCUGGAGCACCAGAGGAUUCACACUGGGGAGAAACCUUACAAGUGUGAUGAGUGUGGGAAAUGCUUCAGCCAUAGAUCUUCCCUUCUGGCUCACCAGAGAACCCACACUGGAGAGAAGCCAUACAAAUGUAGUGAGUGUGAGAAAGCCUUUGGCAGCAGUUCCACACUCAUCAAACACCUGAGGGUGCACACUGGAGAGAAACCUUACCGUUGCCGGGAGUGUGGGAAGGCCUUCAGCCAGUGUUCAACCCUCACUGUGCACCAGAGGAUUCACACUGGAGAGAAGCUCUAUAAGUGUGCUGAGUGUGACAAGGCCUUCAACUGCAGGGCAAAGCUUCACAGACAUCAGAGGAUCCACACAGGUGAGAAACCCUAUAAAUGUGCUGAGUGUGGGAAAGGCUACAGUCAGUUUCCAUCCCUAGCUGAACAUCAGAGACUCCAUACUGGAGAACAGCUUUGCCAGUGCCUACAAUGUGGGAGAACCUUUACACGUGUCUCUACCCUUAUUGAACAUCAGAGAAUUCAUACUGGACAGAAACCAUAUCAAUGCAAUGAAUGUGGGAAGACCUUCAACCAGUACUCAUCCUUCAAUGAACAUCGGAAGAUUCAUACUGGGGAGAAACUUUACACAUGUGAAGAAUGUGGGAAAGCCUUUGGCUGUAAAUCAAACCUUUAUCGACAUCAGAGGAUCCACACUGGAGAGAAACCCUAUCAGUGUAAUCAGUGUGGAAAGGCCUUCAGCCAGUAUUCAUUCCUAACUGAACAUGAGCGAAUCCAUACUGGAGAGAAGCUCUAUAAGUGUAUGGAGUGUGGGAAGGCCUAUAGUUAUAGGUCAAACCUUUGUAGACACAAAAAAGUUCACCUUAAAGAAAGGCUCUAUAAAUGGAAAGAAUACGGAACACCUUUUAUCUAUGGAUCAUCCCUUACUCCAUAUCAGAAAUUUCUGAGAGAAGACAAGCCCGAGAAUUUUAAUUCAUCCGUGUAAUGCAAGACAGCAACCAGAAGAGUAAUAACUAGAGUAUAAAUCCAAAUAGAUUUCAACUUUUGUUAUGUGUACAACAAAUAGUCACUACUAAGUCAUGGACAGUUGAACAGUGAAAAUGCAGAGAAUGGUGAUGGCAGCCAUUUAAGAAUUAUUGCAAAAAAAUUUAAAUAUCAUUUUUUAAAUUCAUAGAAAAAGAAUGAAGGCCUCAUUUAAAAAACAAAACACAUGAGUAACUGUUGCAUAUAAACAUUGUUUCAUGAAUUUUCUUUUCAAGAUAGUCUCUGAAAUAGUUGAUAAUGUGAAGAAGUGUGGGGUCUUAGUCCCUAAAAUGGUGAGCUGGUCUAGGGAGAACUCCUUUUCAUAAAGAGCCACUACAGAGGAAGAUUAUAAUUUGUUGUGUAUCAACAAUAAAGCUCUUUAUGAAGUGCCCCUUAUACAACAUACAUGUGUGUAUGUAUGCAUAUAUAUAUUCAUAUACACAUAUAUGACUCUUACGUAUUUAUGGUCAUGUCAUUUAAUAGUGAGGAUACAGUUUGAAAUGCUUCAUUAGGCAGUUUCCUGUUUAUAGGAACAUCAUUGCACUUGCACAACCCUAGAUGGUCUGGAUCAGCCAAUCAAUGUGAUCUCUUGAGGUGAUUAACAUACCAUACUAUAAAAAAAAUUGAGAUUAUAAUUUCUCCUUUCUCUUUCUCCAUAUGCAUGUAUCCAUACUUUUAUAGCAAUUUUUAUUGGUUUGCUAGUUUAUUUUAGAUAGGGUCUCACUAUGUAGCCUAGGAUGGCCUUGAACUCAUUAUGUAGCCCAGAUUGGCUUUGAACUUGAAGUCUUAUUGCAUCAGCCUCCCACAUACUGGGAUUGCAGUCAUGAGCCAUCAUGCUUGGUGUAAAUUUUAUUAGUAGGAUGUGUAUACUGUAAAAUAAAGAUAAAAAUAUAGUAUAGCCAAUGAGUAAAUUAGUAAUAUAGUUUGUCACCAUCAUCAUAUGUCAUGUACUGUACAUAGUUGUGUGUGCUGCAGUGUCAUCUGGCUGCCGGCACAGCAGGUUUAUUUGCACAAGUGUGUAUUGAUUGUGCCUAAGGUGUUAUGAUGGUUAUAAAGUCAUGACAGCUCUGAUGUCAUUAGACAAGCGGGAUUUUUCCAGGCCAGUUAUAGUCUAAUGAGACCACUGUGAUAUAUGUUGUCUAUCAUUGACCAAAACAUCAUCAUAGGCUGCAUGCACAUACUCACAUAUAUGUGUGUAUGUGUGUGUGCCAAUGUGUAUACUCAGUUUACUAACUUAGAUUUUACUUUUUCAAAUUGAAUGUUUCCCCCAAGGGAAACUUUCUUUUGCUUGCCUGUGUUUGUAGUGGAUCUGGUUCUGUAUAGCCUAAUAGAGUCUUACAGUACUGUAGAAGUUGCCCUGAGCAGACACUGGUGGGCAGACUGUCAUCCAAACAGUAUACUAUAUGUUGUAGAAGGCCGAUGUUGACAGAGUCUUUUGCUAUAAAUCUGUUAGCACAUUAGGACCAGGAGGGAUUUUAAUUUAUAACCUUUCAAGAAUCGAGGUCUUCAGUUCUGAUAAUCUAUGGUAGUUACAGGUUCAUUUCUAUCCUCAUGGCUCAAGAACACUAUUUGUUUUGUAACCUGUUCAAAUGUUAGUGCUAGUGAUGUAAUCAUUUAUCUUUAGAGUUUCCUCUAGCUUUGGUCUUAGUUGUAGAGUUGAGACAUACCUCCUUUUCUUCUGUCUCUGAUUAUACCUGCUUCUAUAAUAGCUACUUAAAUUCUCAAAGCCAAUGGUGGUAUUGCUUUGGUAUGCUUCAAUGUAAGGCUGCCUUUUUAUUACACAACUUCUAAUACUUUUUUUUUCUUCGUAGUGCUGACGACAGAAUCCAGGGCCUUGUACAUGCUUAGGAGGUGCUCUACUGCUGAGCUAUAUCUCCAGCCCUUAGGAUUUAAGUAUAAAGUUAUAGAUGAAUAUUAUAUAUUAAACAAUCUAUUCAUCACCUUAAUAUUUUAAAUCUCCCCUAGUCCUAGUUUCUUACCCAAUUGGUUUGUCAUUUUAGAAAUUACUCUAAACAUUAAUUAGACCCUUCUGUCUGAGGAAAGAAUUAGAAUUAAGCAGGCAUUCGGUGUAAUAUGUUUCUUGAUUAAUUUCUUUUGGCUCAUCAGAGUAGUUUUUUGUGUUUAAGUGUAUUUGUAAGAAAAAUAAGGCUUCAAAUGAACCUCAGAAUUUCUUAUGUCACUGGUAGCCUUGAACAUGCUCAGUGCCCACUUUUUGGUUUGCAAAUGCUAUUCACCAUCAGAAGGAUUCAGGACUCCUUGAAGAAAGACUGGUUGCAUGUUUGGUACCGAGGGAAUAUAAGUGAAUCUAGAGUGUAUUCUUAUGAUAAAACAUCAUUUUAGAAUUACUAAUAUAUUAUAGAUGAACACAGGGACUAAUGAGAAGGUGCAUCCUUUGGUCAAACUUAGGAUACUUCAAACAUCAAAAAUACUCAUGACGGGAUUGGAUGUAAUAUCUUCAAAAGGUUAUGGGAAAAAAGUUUAUAAAAUUAUUUGAAAAAAGCCAUCUUUAAAUAUACACUCAAACAAUAAGCUUAGAAAAAAUCAUUUAAUAACUGCCAUUGUCAUUAAAUCUGGCAAAAAAAAUGAUUGAUGGUAAACCUACUACGUGAAAGAAAAAAUUUAAGAAACAUUGCAUAACCCCAAAGAGCAUAGCUGUGAGUUGCAGAAGAAGCACCUGCUUUCAUAUUGAGCUCUGGCAGGCAGAGUCACCUGCAUGUGAGCAGCAGUCAUUGAGGUUUCUGCCAAGGCCAUAGAAGUACACUAUUAUUUAUGACACACUGCUAAAACCAGUUAGUGAAAGUCUACAGAAAUCUCUUAUCUAGACUUACCUUCCUGUUUACAAAGAAUUGAGAGUAACAAGUUAGAUUAUACAGCAAUAGAGUUUGAGACAUCGGAAAUGAUCAUUGAGCUGUACUUUUCAAAUAGUCAAUAUGUUUGAACAAAACGUGGACUUUUUUUUCCAAGACGCCUGAGAUAGCCACAUGCAAAGUGUGAUCCUUUAUUGAGAAAUAUAGUCAGGAAAGAAACUGUAAAAGACAUUUGGGGGAUAUUUACGGAAAUACAAAGAUGAGAAUAGGUAUUAGAUAAUGUGGUAUGCUUGUGUUUCUUAGAAUAAGUAAGAUACUGAGUUUCUAUUUCCCUGUCAUGUGCAUGCGAAAGUUUUAUGUUGACAAGUCAUAAUGUCUACAGCAUAUUUUAAAUUGAAACUGUAGAAUUGGUCAGUGAUUGUUGAAUCUUUGUGGUGGAAUAGUUUUUCAUUGCUCACCCUUUAAACUUGUCUGUAUGUAUGUUUAAAUAUAAUAAAAGUUGAGGCAAAACACCGA